AUGUCGCCCACCCUCAGGGCAAAUCAAAACCAAAGAGAGUCUGCUUAGUGUCUGACUUGGCUUUGCUUUUCCUUCUCUCUCUCUCUCUCUCUCUCUCUUCUUUGGUUUAAACUAAAGUAGCUUGUAUUGUGUUGUGUAUAUAUAUAUAAGGCCCCCAAGGUGGCGGCUUUUCUUUUCAGUCUUGAUCAGUUUCAUUGAUUGGAAGAUAUGGGAACAUUAGAACAAAUUGAUGCUCAUCAAACCCAGUCAUCAUCAUCUUCAUCUUCAUCUAUUGAUAGCAACAAUCACCCUUCUGGGACACCACCACCCUCUUCCCCUUCAUCUCUUUGCCUCUCAAGUGUGUGCAAAAACAGAACAGAUUUGAGCACUGACCUUAGACUUGGUCUUAGCAUCUCUCCUUCUACUCAAUCUCAAUCACAAUUCAACUCUACACCAAGGGAUGAGACUUUUGACUGGCCACCAAUUAAGUCCAUAUUGAGGAGCACCCUUGUGGGGAAACAAAACCAUCUGAGCCAAAGGCCCUCUUUAUUUGUCAAAGUCUAUAUGGAAGGCAUACCCAUCGGUAGAAAACUAAAUCUGUUGGCACAUCACAACUAUGAUGGACUUGUAAAAACUCUUGGCCAUAUGUUUAGGACCACCAUUCUUUGUCCUAACUCUCAACCACUUAAUUCUGGGAAUUUUCACUUGCUAACUUAUGAGGAUCGAAGGGGACUGGAUGAUGGUUGGAGAUGUGCCAUGGGAGAUGUUCUUGACCAGCGUGAAGAGGCUGAAGAUCACAAGAGCUGACAGAUGCUAGUUAAUUUGAUAAUGCAUGAUACAAUCUUUCACAACACAAGCUCCUCCUCAAUUUUCACUGUUCAUAAAAUUUUGUCCUAGAUCUAAUUAUUAAUUAGUGAGUGGGUGGAACCGGUAGAAAUUCCACAAAAAAGACAACGGAUCCCAUGAUUAUCAUAUCUAAUAGCUUUAUACACCAAAAAAUAUAGAUGUAUAGCUUCUCACCUAAUUGUCAA